GCGGGAUCCAGGCCCAGGGAUCUGGCGGAGGCUGCAGGGCCCGUAGGGGGGUCUGGGCCAGGGGAGCGGUUUCUGGGCCCUGGGGUCUCUGUGGCCCGGGGACGGGAUGGGCCUGGGCGGGUCAGGGCUCUGGGCAUGGGGGCCGGGGGUGCUGGGGCAGGACCUGGGGGUCAGUAGGACCUGGGCUUGGGGAUCUGUGGGGACCGGGGGGGCUGGAGGGGAUGGAUCUCAGGAUCUGUAGGGUCUGUGCGUGGGGGCCUGGGGGUGGAAGUUCAUCCUGGGGUCCCCAGAGGGGAAGGGCCAGGGGCUCCUGCUCCCCUCCCCACUUCCCCUGUCCUGACUGUGUCUCUGCAGCCCCUGGCAGGCCCGGCAUGGUGCAGAUCGUCGUCUCCAGCGGUGGCACAGGGACCCUGGCACAGUGGGUGCUGGUGGAGCUGCAGGGCGAGGUGGAGCCCCGGCAGAGCGGGGACCUGGCCGGGAGCCUGCUGGGAGACCUGCACUACACCUGUGAGGGCAUCCCUGUGCUCAUCGUGGGUCACCACAUCCUCUACGGGAAGGUGGUGCAGCUGGAGAAGCCGUUUGCUGUGCUGGUGAAGCAGGGAGGAGCUUCCCAGCCCAGCCCCGUGGGGCCCCAUGGCCACUACACCGUUACUGCCCUCAUCAAAACCAAACUGCUCUUCAAAACCCGCCCCAAGCCCAUCAUCACCCACGUGCCCAAGAAGGUCUGAGGGGAAGGAUGUGGGCUACGAACUGUGAUCUGCUGCUGGAAAAAGCAGCAGGGACUUGGGGAGAUCCAGGACGUCAUCCCUGACCUGCACAGGUGACACUGACGCUGCUGGGUCCUGUGUCUGGGCACUUCCUGGCUCACUUGUCCCCCCAAAAAUGACUCUUUUCAGAGACCAACCAAGCUUUUGGCCACAGACCCUGUGGAUCACCACAGGGCAAUGGUUCCUGGUAGGUAAGGACUUCCUGUGAGCCUGGGAAGGAGUCUCCCACCCAGGGGCUGCCCACAGUGUCCAGCAGGUCCCGGGGAUCCACGGAGGUGCCAGUGUGGAGAUGUCUCUCUCUACCCCCUCCCUGCAGCUGUAGGGACACCACUGCCACCCAGGGACUCAGGACUAACCUCCCUCAAGUUGGGCAGGGGGUUCGGGAACCCUCCCCAAAACACACCAUGUGUCCUCACUUCAAGUCUUUAUUUCCACAACUCCGUCAGGAUAUAAAAACCAGCCUUUUCCACCUGAAAUAUGGGAAAAAAUUCCCCUGGCAGGUUCAAAAAUAAAUAGAUUUACAAACCAUCUGCGACAAUACCAAAGAGCUACAAAAGUCUUCUAAAAAACCUUGUAUUAAAUUAAACAAAAAACAGCUAAAAGCUCCGUCAUAGAAAGGGGUUUUUAUCCAAGUCCUGAAAAAAGGACUCACAGGUGAAUUCCCUGGGGAGGGGAAAGUUGGGAAGCACCUUGCCUAAAUCCCUAUCUCCCCACUGUUGGGAAGGUUGCAGGGUGGGAACGAUGGGGCCGAGGGUUAGCCAGAGCAUGACAUGGCCCCAAAGGGUCUCCAGCAACGCCCCGGCUGGCACACAGCCCCGCAGUUUUCCCGGUCUCUCCAUGCCAGGAUCCGCCCCUUGGCUCUUUGGCAA